AUGUUUCGCAACACGUACCAAAGCGGUUUUCUUUCUAUUUUGUACAGUGUUGGUGCGAAACCGCUUGCCAUUUGGACGAAAAAGGUGCGCAACGGCCACAUCAAACGCAUCACCGACAACGAGGUGCGGUCGCUGGUGCUGGAGCUGGCCGGCACCAACGUGGCCACCACCUACAUCUCGUGCCCGCCCGACCCGCGCGGCGUGCUGGGCAUCAAGCUGCCCUUCCUCGUCAUGAUCAUCAAGAACAUGAAGAAGUACUUCACCUUCGAGAUCACCGUCCUGGACGACAAGGACAUGCGUCGGCGCUUCCGCGUCAGCAACUACCAGUCGACGACGCGCGUGCGGCCGUUCGCGUGCACGAUGCCCAUCGGCCUCAACAACGGCUGGAACCAGAUCCAGUUCAACCUGGCGGACUUCACGCGCCGCGCCUACGGCACCAACUACAUCGAGACGACGCGCGUGCAGAUCCACGCCAACUGCCGCGUGCGCCGCGUGUACUUCUCCGACCGCCUCUACACCGAGGACGAGCUGCCGGCCGAGUUCAAGCUCUACAUGCCGCUCUGCACCGCCAAGACCAACGCUACCUGA